AAUGGCUUGGAUUGGACUUGUUUUAUUAUUAUUACUAUUCAUUCUUACAGUUUUAUUCCUUUUCAAAAUGAGUAGUUCCCAGAGUUACAGCUCCCAAAAGCUUCCACCUGGACCCAGGACAAUACCCAUUUUGGGAAAUCUGCACAUAAUGGAUUUCAAGAGGCCUUUUAAGACAAUGAUAAAGUUGUCAAAAGAAUAUGGUUCCGUUUUCCGUCUUCAAAUGGGAUGCCAGGAAAUGGUGGUGCUGACUGGCUAUGAGACGGUCAAAGAGGCUUUGGUGAACCAGGCAGAGGCAUUUGCAGAGAGAGCUAUUGUCCCCAUUUUUGAGGACUAUGCAAAGGGUUUUGGUAUUAUUUUUGCUCAUGGUGAGAACUGGAGAAAGAUGCGGCAGUUUUCAAUAUCUGCAUUACGGGAUUAUGGAAUGGGCAAGAGGAUUGUUGAAGACAAAAUCAGUGAAGAGUGCAGUGUCUUGAUAAAAACAUAUGAGACAUAUGAAGGAAAGCCAUUUGACCCAGCAACAAUUCUGAAAGCUGCAGCCGCCAAUAUCAUAGUUUCUUUUUUACUUGGCAAGAGAUUUGAAUCUGACGAUGCUACACUUCUAAGACUACUUGAGUUAAUUGAAGAAAGUUUACACCUUGCAGGAACCCCUUCUGUGUUGGUGUAUAAUGUGUUUCCCAAAUUGGGAUUCCUUUUGGAUGCUCGUAAAAAAAUAAUGAAUAACCAAAAAGAGUUCCAUGAAUUCAUACAGGCUACUUUCCUUGAAAAUCUCAAAGAGUUUGAUGAAAAUAAUCAGAGGACUUUUAUUGACGCAUUUCUUGUUCAGCAGAAAAAGGAGAAUAAGAAGUCAAUAGAUAGCUAUUUCCAUAAUGAUAACCUUAUAGGUCUUGUGGAUAACCUAUUUAUUGCUGGCAUGGAUACUACUUCAAACACGUUGUACUGGGCCUUACUCCUAAUGAUGAAGUAUCCAGAAGUUCAGAGGAAAGUCCAAGAAGAAAUUGCAAAAGAGGUUGGGGUUCGUCAGCCAAGGACAGAAGACCGAUUCAAAAUGCCUUAUACCAAUGCAGUAAUUCAUGAAAUUCAAAGGUUUGCUGAUAUUGUUCCAACCAAUUUGUUCCAUGCAACCACCAAGGACAUAACUUUCAAAGGCUUCUUCAUUCCCAAGGGUAUGCAAAUUAUUCCUUUGCUGACCUCUGUGCUCCAUGAUGAAUCCCAGUGGGAGAAACCUCAUGAAUUCUACCCUGAGCAUUUUCUUGACUCUGAAGGAAAAUUUGUGAAGAGGGAUGCAUUCAUGCCUUUCUCUGCAGGUCAGAGAGUAUGUGCUGGUGAGACCCUUGCCAAAAUGGAGCUCUUCCUUUUCUUUACCAACCUCCUCCAGAGAUUUACCUUCCAGCCACCUUCAGGAACAUCUAAAGAUGAUCUGGACCUGACUCCUGCUCUUGGACUUACCACCCCUCCCAUACCUUACAAGACCUGUGCUGUCUUAUCUUGAUCUGACAGGGAAAAACUCAUAAUAAGCUAUUUUCUCACCUUUUAAAUAGCUCUAUUUUGACAGAGAGGCAAAAUCUGACAAUCUGAUUCCAUAUUACAUUAUAUUCAUUAUAUUUAUUUUAUUUGAAUUCCACCUUUAUUAAUUUUACAAAUAACUCAAGGAGGAGAACAUAUCCAAUACACUAUCCUACCCUUAUUUUCCCAAAGCUCUUUGGGCUAAGAGGAGAGACUGGCCCAGAGUCACCCCAGCUAGAACUCAGAGUUUCCUGGUUAUUAACCCAAAGUUACCCAGCUGGAUUUCAUUGCUAAAGUGGGACCUGAACUCACAAUCUCCUUCUUUUCUAGGCUGGUGUCUCAACCACUAGACCAAACUAUCUAUUCUAUACGUUUCAUGUAUUGCCUAAAAGAUGAAUAGCAGUAAUCUAUAGAAACAUAAAAUAUAGGUUCUGAUAGGAAAGAACAGUGGGAAAUCAUGAAAAGCAAAGUGCUUUGUAUCAUAUUACUUCAUUUUUCUUUUGGGGCCAUUUAUUUCCUUUAGCUUUUACUAUUUUUUCUCCUUUCUGUUUCUGGUUAGAAAUUUUUUGUUUCUUUAACUUUUGAGUAUUUUAAUUACUUUUUAAAAAAGCAGCCUUUCUCUCUCUCUCUUUUUUGCAAUAGCUCUAAUUGUAAAUUCAUAUAUUUGCUUUAUAAAACUAGUUAUCAUUUCUAUUAUUUCUUCAAAAACCAAUAAAAUAAUAUUUUACAUCAGGAA